AGAGGGAGGGCAGAAAAAGGUAAGGGGAGGGUUUACAAAGAGAUGGAAAGAGAGAACGAGGGAGUAAAGCAAAGCAUGUUGCCAGUGUUGGCUCCGUAACUCACUGUGAGCGGGGACGGGAGGGAGAGCAAAAAAGAGAGACGGAGAGUCACACAUUCACACACUCUCUCAAUCACUCUCAUACACACACACACAUAAACUCUCAUUCUCACACAUAUUCAGAGGUGCCUUGCUAAGGAUACUCUGUUACGCUUGCCUGCAGGGGUGAGAAUACUUUCAGCAGUGAAAACAGAAGACAGGAGUGCUGGGACAGACCCAAAGGGACCUUCUUUAAACGGGACCUUUACAGCAUGUGAAGCCGGACGAACAGAUAUGUGCAGCAUCUAUCCUUAACAUUCCUCCAUUUCAUCCCUCCAUCCGUGCCUCCCUCCCACCUCUCCUCUCAAGUGGUGUGAAGGACACGGAGCUACGGGUUCCUCAGCGCUCGCCUGCCUGGUUGCCUUACGGGAGUCUGGGGGAGGCUUGGUGCUCCCCUCCGCUCUCCUGCACUCUCAUUCGUUCAUGAAUGUCACCUCUGUCUGCAGAAGCCGCUGGAAUUUACAAACCCUCUCUCGGGAGCUUGGGGAGAGGGAGAAAAGGGGAAUGUCAGAAGGGCUGAGAAGGGAGAGAACUUCCGAUUCCUUUCAUCCUUAUCCAUCUGAUCACCUACAGAUAUGAGGUCCAGGGUUGACGACACCAGUUUUUGACUUUUACUCAGCUUGUCUGUCUUUGUUUUUCUGUUUUUGCAUGGAUGCGAUACUUUGGAAUCAGGUAAUGGAGUUUCACUGAGAUUGUCUCAGGAUAUUGUUCCUUUUCUUCGUAGGAUCUGUAUUUUUUUAGCUUGUUCGUUUCGUGCAUCCUCCUGUGUUUUACGGGGAUCCCACUGAUAUGUUGAACCAUAGGGAUAAAACGAUUGGACGUUUUAUGCCUUUUUUCUGAUCUCUCAGAAUGAUUUCUGAUCCGGGUGAUUUCUAAAGAUCGAUCCCAAACUAAAUCGUUGAAGGGACGUGAGAGGCCAGGGAUUCUAGGAGCUCGGAUCUGCAGGGAAUAGAGCCGGACAGAGAGAGGAUGGUGCUGCUGUGAUGGCUUACUUUUUUUCCAGAAUUCCAGUACGACUUCAUGGAUCAUCUGCUGACACUUUUCCAGUCCAUAUGCUGUGCAACGAGACCUGAAAUACAACAAACAAUCCCAAAAACAACAGCUGCCAUUCAUCAAGAUCACAACACCAGGAAUUCUGCGUUCCGGAGACUAUUUUGAUAGUCAAAGAAACAAAUAAAGUUUAUUGUGAACUUCACAAGUGUUUUGCCCCUCCCCCUUUUAACCCUCUAAACCAAGCCCCUUUUUUUGUUCUGCAUCCUGCAAGUUGUGACGCAUUUUCCCCUUGGUUAUUGUGGGAGACCCCGCUGUACUCCGAACAUCUGCCGUCUCCUGCUCCUCUCCUACGUGGCCCUGGGUGAUCGGACAGGUGGGUGGCCCACUGACGCCCUCUGCACCCCACGGGUGAGCGGGGCACAGCAAAAUGGCUGCCCUCGCCAGCUCGCUGAUCCGACAGCGCAGGGAAGUUAAGGACCCCCAGGCCAACCGGCAGGUCUCCAACAAACGCAAGCCUUGCCCCAAGAGCAACAAGUCGCUCUGCCAGAAACAAAUCCUCAUCCUCAUCUCCAAAGUCCGGCUUUGCAGCAGUCGAGGAAGAAAGCUGGAAAAAAGACCCGGUAGACUUGAAGAAUGUCCAGAGCCUCAGCUGAAAGGUAUCGUCACACGUCUGUAUUGUCGGCAUGGCUUCUACCUGCAGAUGUUACCCGAUGGCACCUUGGACGGCACAAAGGACGAAAGCAGCUCCUUUUUGCUAUUCAACUUGAUUCCUGUGGGUCUGAGGAUAGUUGCCAUCCAGAGCACCAAGACAGGACUCUACAUAGGCAUGAACAGCGAGGGCUACCUCUACACAUCAGAACAUUUCACACCCGAGUGUAAGUUUAAGGAGUGUGUAUUUGAGAACUAUUAUGUGACAUACUCCUCGAUCCUGUACCGCCAAACGCAGUCGGGUCGGGCCUGGUACAUUGGCAUUAACCGGGACGGACAGGUCAUGAAAGGAAAUCGGGUCAAAAAGACCAAAGGAGCAGCCCACUUCCUGCCCAAGCUCAUAGAGGUUGCCAUGUACAGAGAGCCAUCGCUACAUGAUGUUGCUGAGCAAAGCCCGCCUAGGAAAACAGCCAAAACCUCAGACUCGCCCGUCCAUAAAAACAGCAAGAAAGAACAACUGCUUACUGUCCCCACAGCAUCCUAGCGGCAGGAGAAGAAGUGCUUCAUUUGCACGGACACGUCAAGAACGCCAACAGUGGCACAGGAGGUUUGGUACAAAAUGUUUUGUAGUCCCUUCAACUAUCCUCAGAACUUUGACAUUUCCAACAAUUCAUCAGGGCUCAAAAGACCUUUGCCGACAGGUCUAAUGCCCACCGCACUUCCUUUUUGGUCUUUCCCACUUCCUUAAUCAAGGGAAUACUGAGCAAUAAUAACCGUAAUGGUCUGGGGUCAGAAUGUAGCGGUGCCACUUUUGUGAGAACAGCAACACCUGAAAGAAAGGAUCUUCGUCUUCCUCUCCUUUUUUAGUAUUUCAAGAAGAAACACUUCUUCUUUGUGAAGCGAUUCGUGCUUGACAUUUAAACCCUUCCUUUUCCUUUGUUCAGGCAUUCAUAGAUCCCCCAAAUGUUUUUUUUUGUUUGUUUGUUUGUUUGUUUUUUAACAGAGAUCCCCCGCCAUUUCUAAGCCUUGUUUGUAAUCUCCUCUCCCUUUUCUACCUCUUCUGCACUUUGAUUAGCUUGAGACACAGAGGCCAUUUUCCACUUCACAACACAGGAAAAGCCCUGCACACUCUCCCGGGGACCAUUAAGGAUGCUGCCACAUUCACACACACACACACACGUACACAAACCAAAUAACUAAAUAAAUAAAACUUCCCCUCCUCUUAGGAUGAUGAUGUUUAGAGUCAUCCGACCUUAGGCAGUGCAAACCUCUUUCUCUGUUCAUCGGCUCCUGCGCUGAUGGGUCUGUGGAGGGUGGACGUGUGAGUGUGUGUCUAUACACUGAACAGUAAUACAAUAUCAUUUGUAAGAUGACUCAUAACAGAGGGAGUAGGGUGGCAUUAUUGUUUCUUUUUGUUAUGAUAAGUCGUUGUUUUCCUCAUUGCAAUAUGCCCAGAGAGCAAUAUUGGUACAGCUGCAUUCGUUCUUCUCCCUUUUUAGCAUGUGUGUUGCAUUAGAACAGGCUUUUUUAAAGUAGAUAUGCUGACUACUGAGGCUGCAAGUUUCCCAAAGUUCAUGUCCCUACAUUCAGUUUUAUUCUAUUAAAUUUGCCUGAGAGCAAAGGCACUUCACCCAGCCAAAUGAAACAACACAAGUGCUGAAAAGGUCCAAUUCUGCUUCAUUUUCUUCUGAUAAAACUGAGGAAUUGGACCUGGAGGAGCUCAUAGGGAAUCAUUUUGGGAAUCCUUGCACAGAGAAUCCAGCUUUAACGUCCGACCUCCUCUAGGUAAUAAUAUCAGUAUGUAAAUGAAAAUGUGUUUUAGGUGCUAAAAGCACUAUAAACCUGGUGACACAUUAUGCUUCUGCCUUGGCAAUAAUAUUUCCAUGCAUAUCACCUACAUUAUGGAAAUAUGAUUUAAUAAUACACUACAGUUCAAAGGUUUGGGGUUUGAGUUUAUGUUUUUGAAAAAAGUCUCUUCUGCUCACUAAGGCUGCCUUAAUUUGAUUAAAAAAACAGUUAUAUUGUGAAAUGUUAUUACAAUUUAAAAUGACUGUUUUCUAUAUUAAUAUAUUUUAAAAUGUAAAUCAUUCCAGUGAUGCAAAGCUGAAUUUUCAGCAUCAUUACUCCAGUCUUCAGUGUCACAUGAUCCUUCAGAAAUCAUUCUAUUAUGCCGAUUUGCUGCUCAAGAAACAUUUCUGAUUAUUAUCAAUUUUAUUAACAGUUGUGCUUCUUCAUAUUUUGGAGGAAAACAUGAUUUUCAGGAUUCUUUGAUGAAUAGACAGUUCAAAGGAAUAGCACUUAUUUGAAAUGUAUUAUUUUCUGUGACAGUAUAAAAGUUUUUGUCAAUUUUGAUUAAGGUAAUGCCUCCUUGCAGAAUAAAAGUAUUAAUUAUUUUAUAAAAUAUAAUCUUACUGACCCCAAACUUUGAAACUGUAGUGUACAUAAUAUAUAAUAUAAUUUUGGAGGUAGAAAAUGUUCCUCAUUUAAAUACAUAACUAUUAGGGUCCAUUAUAGAGAUAAUUUGAGUGUUUUAGCUGGCUUUUGUUUUUUAGUCAAAUGUUUUUUGGUUCAAGUAUUAGUUACAUUAGAACACAUUCCCUUGCUGGUUAUAUCAUCACUGUGGUAAUAACUGCAGAGCUUAAACAAAGUGCAAAAAAUCUAACUUUUCUUCUGCUGAGCUGAAUAAUUUCUCAUAGCGUGCACCUGGUGUUGAGGAAAUUAUGUCUGUGAUAAUUAUAGGCUCAGUCCCCUGCAGCAAUGCAUUAUUGGGAGAAACAAAGUUAUUAAGACAAAAGUAGAAAAACGAAAGAAAUUUUUGACAUUUGGAAUGUUUGCAAAAUUCUUCCACAUUUAGAUCAGAAUGUCAAUAUUUCCCAGAUUACAGUUUCCUUACUGCAAAUCACAGCACCCGCAGGUUAUUCACAAUCCCCCAUUAUAGAAGUUGGUGUUUGCAUUUAACGUCCCAAGCAGAUUGUUUUUCAGACUGAAUCACAAUGCUCUGCAUCUCAUUGCUUCUAGGUACACAUCAAUAAUUUGUUUUGUUGUUUUGCAAGCAACAAUACUCAUCUCAGACUCUAGCUUUUCUUAAAGGGGUACCAAUAAAACUUGGCUGCCUAUGCAGUAGAAAAGUUUAAAAAAAAAAAAAAAAAAUCUGUGCUACCUGACUACAGAAAACAGAGCAAAUAGGCUGUCUUCCCUUUUGCCAAAUAGUUAGGAAAACUUCAACACCCAUAAUGCACUGGGCAUGUUGCCAUCCAAAGCCACUCCCACCAGUCUGCUAUGGAUACGCUUACCAGAGUCAAAUACCACCUUGCUUUAGUAGGAAAUACUGCUUGGCAAACUUUGCUGCGUUCAAGUCCUCCUGGGAAGUUAGUAUUUACGAGUUGGGAAGUCGUGUUUACGACGUCAGGUCAGAGCAAGAUGGAGGUGUACCUACUCUUAAUUAACUACACAGAAAUCUACUUCUAAAAAAUGAAGAGCAAAGAAUGUGCGUCAGGUGUGUUUUGCUUUUUUUAUGUUUUUAAUUAAUUUAGGAAGCAACUGUAAACUUUAUCGUAUUGUUAUAUUAAAUGCUAUCAUAUUUGUGCAGGCAAUUAUCUUAUUUUGUGGUAAAUAAAAAAGCCUGACAAUGUCACUGCUAAAUACCUAUAAUUAUUGAGGUACAGAUCAGGGCUCAAAGAAAAUCCAGAGCUCAGAAAAUCAACUCGUUAAUACGAUCUUUCCGACAUGACUUGAACGCACCAUUGUAGGUGUUGACUUGUGUUGUUCCUGGGUGCAAGAAUUCAAAGAGUAAACGUUUAGCAGUGAAGGAUCAAGCAUGUUGCUAAAGGCUGCAAAGAAUUGUAAAUAUGGAGAGAGUAGCGCAAUGUCUGAAAAACCUCAGUGUUUGUAGUCAACAUUUCAAAUUGGAUGACCACAAAUAAAGUGUUUUCACAAAUGCCCUGGAAUGAAAGCCCCUAAACAUGAAUUUUCGUGGUCCAGGUAAUAUGGAGAAUGGGUAAACAUUGUUCAUUUACAUAUUCUACCAACAUUCUACCCAUUGUAACAAUAGGCUACAAAGCGGGUUGAAAAUCAGCGAAGUUACACUUAAGUCUUGCAAUGUCCACAGCUCAUUCAGCUGCCACAGUUUAAGGGUCUGUAAUAUCUGAAGGGCUAUUUAUGUAAGGUUUUGCAGGUCCAUGUGGUGCUGUAAUCACAGUCAAGGAAAAGUUGACCGAGGCACAGAAUUAAUUAGCAACUGGAUGCCACACUGAAACUAAAUCCAGCAGGCCAGACUGCAAAGGUUGAAUAAAUGAAAAUAAAAAAUAAAACAAUGUCGUAUGAAGACACAACUGUGUUUUGAUUAGCAUUUAAUGGUUUAUUCAUUGUUUAAUCACAAUUAGAACUUGAAAUUGACAUUCACUUUGAAAUGUCUCACUUCUCAAAGACCCACUCUUCUUUCAAACUUUGAAAUGUCAUGGUGGGGGUUGUGCUAACUUAUAACCUGACUGAAUAAUAAUAAAAAAAAAAGGCUCUUGUAUUUGUAAGGGCUUUCUGAUCCAAUACUUGAGUACAAAAGAACAUGAAAGGAGAUAUUACUGUCAAAUAUGUCUAAAUGGCAUAAUUGCCACUUAAAUUACCAUUAUAACAUCAUAAGGGUUUGCUUUGGGUCACUUUGAGCUGAUUGUGAAUACAACAUAAUGUUAUAGAAAUGAAAAGAAAAAAGAACAUUAGUACUUUUUUUUUUUUUUUUUUUUUUGCUUUGAUAUAUUUGGCAUGCACAUAAGGGCCAGAUCGGGUGGUUUAACAAUUAUUUUAAUGAAACCACUCUCUGUGCACAGCUAAGUGCUUCUCUCUCAAUUUCACUGCUAUUUUUCAGCCAUAAACACAGAGGCCAGAAGAUGAAAGCUAAGGGCUAAUGCUUUUCAGAAGAGCCAAGCCAUUAAAACACUGUACGUGUAUACAUAGAUAGAGAUGACCUUGUAAACUUCAAAUUUAUAAAUUUACUAAACUGA